AUGGCUCAUCGUCGUGGUGUCGACCCGAAGAAUUGUCUGUUAAUCAAUUCCACAGUAUCGUCUAAGAUGCUGAAGGCGUUAUCUGAUUACUACGGUGGAGUGUAUGAGGAUACUCUAACAGGUUCAAAAUGGAUGGCUAACAAGUCAUUGGAGAUGACCGCUGAACACUCCAAUUUGGUACACUGUACGGCUUAUGAGGAGGCACUAGGAAGUGCCCUCACGAUGAGUGUCCCUGAUAAGGAUGGUAUCAGUGCUUGCAGUGUCUGGUGUGAGAUGGCUAACUUUUGGCGUAAGGAGAAAGGUAUCACUCUUCUUGAACGACUAAAUGAACUCCGUAAGAUGGUUGGUUUCUUCGCACAACACAACGGUUACUUCAUCUGUGAUGAUCCUAAGGUUAUGAAACAGAUGUUUGAUGAGUUCCGUAAUGAGGGUAACUACAAGACCGAGCUCGGGUCAUCUAAGAUAGCUGAUGUUCGUGAUGUUACUCUUGGUUAUGAUUCAAGGAGGAAGGAUAAGAAGUCUACAUUACCUAUGACACCGGAUGCUCAGAUGAUUACUCUCUACUUCGAUGAUCAAGCUACUGUUACUAUCCGUGGAUCUGGUACUGAACCCAAGGUGAAGUACUACUGUGAGGCUAACGAUAAGGAGAGUAUGGAGAAGGCUCAGGAGAAGCUCGAAGUCGUCGUUAAAAAUGUCAUCGACUACUUCCUCCAACCCAAGAAGUACAAUUUGGGUUCUCGAUAA